AUGAAUCUCACAAGUGAAGAUGCUAAGCCAACACCCUACAGCGAGUGUGUUCAAACUCUCCAAGAAGAAUUCGUCUCCUUGAGAGUUUUCUUGGGGAACAUUGUCAAGUUGCGCCAUCAACAAGAGGAACUCCAAACUCUUUGGGAUCGUGUUUUGGAGAUGGCAUAUAGAGCGGAGGAGCUCAUUGACCUGUUUUUAGUGGUUGGUGAUGUCCCUGAUUCCUUUUCGUCGUCAUUUGAUUCCAUCAUGAAAGACUUCGCGAACAUUAAGCCAGCAAUCGAAAUCAAGACACACGAAAUCAAAGUAAAUGAGGCAACCAUCGCUUCUUCCAGCCAUGUCGCGACACAUACAACUCCCAUCACAACAACCACUGAGAUUGCAUGGUCCACUGUGUCACAAGUAGUUGACAAAGAAAAAGUGUUUCGGGAGCUCUUAAAUCAGAUAGAUCCAGAUAUCAAAUGUUCUCAACUCACCGGACAAGAUUUAAUUCAAAAGCUCUGGCGCAAGUUGAAAGGAAGGAGAUAUCUCAUCGUUUUGGAUGACAUAUGGGACGUUGAGGCAUGGAAUAGCCUGAGAGAAUCGCUUCCUUAUGACAUCACCCAAAGCAGAAUUCUUUUGACCAGUCGCCGUCAUUGUGUUGCUCCUAGAGAGAUGCUACUCGACCACGAACCUCAUUUUCUUCGACAACUCAAUGUGAAAGAGGGUCUGAAAUUAUUGCAGAUAAAGUUGUUCUCUGGAGAUCAUGGCUGGCCUCCUGCUUUGCUUGAACUUGGAAUGCAAAGUGCUGAAAUUUGCAAGGGGUUACCACUCACCAUCGUCAUAGUAGCCGGCCUUUUGGCAACCACAAAAUCAGAGGGUUGGAAGGAAAUUCUCAUUGAUCUAAGCUCGGGCGAGUUGUCCAUCACGGAACAAUGCAUGAAAACAUUGGAGCGCAGCUAUGAACACUUACCUGAUGAUUUAAGGCCAUGUGAAGUAGAACAACUUGCUCAGCUGGUCUUCCUGGCGAUCCAAGGUUUGUUUGAGGAAAUCCCACCAUCCAUAGAAUCCCUUUCUCUUCAAUAUUUCAAUGCUGAUUUUAGUGACUUUGGUUGCCCCAAAAGUCUGAAAAAGUUAACACUGAGAACAGGUUCUUUGUCUUCAAAGAGUAUUUCAGCCAUUGGUGGGCUGCCAAACCUUCUUGUCCUCAAAUUAAUUAAUGUAAACUUCGAAAGGAAUGUUUGGGAAAUGGAAGAAGGGGAAUUCUCAAAACUCAGAAUCUUGAGAUUGGAAUCCCAUGGCCUAAUCAAGUGGACUGCUAGCGAAGAUCAUUUCGAACGUGUUAAGAGUUUGGUAUUGAGGAAUUAUAAAUCAUUGGAAGAGAUUCCUUCUUGUUUAGACUCCAUCGCGACGCUUGAAACGAUUGAGGUCAUCAAUUGUCCUGAGAUUGUAGAAAAUCUGGUAAGACAAAUCGAGGAAAUGCAGGUGGACUGCGGAAAUUCAGACUUCAAGGUCAUUAUUCAACCCGGAAGGAAGUGA